AUGAAAAUGAAGAACCUUGUUCUUUUGCUCUCUAUCCUCGCCAUUUCUUGGGCUCAAAUGGACGACAGACUGACGUUGGCCAACAACCGCUUCGGCCUUCGUUUGUUCGGCGUCCUCUCAAGCACACCUAACAGCAAUGUCUUCUUCUCGCCGUACAGCGUGUCGACAGCAAUGGCUAUGGCCUACGCUGGAGUCAGGGGUGAGGCCCAGCAAGAGCUAUCUCAGCGGCUUGAGUUUUCUGCCGCCGGUCUCUCGGAGGAGCAGGUCCUGGAUGCGUAUGCCCAGCACACGCGUCGGAUCCUGUUGGUUCAAACUAACUCAACUCUCAAAGUUGCGAACGCUGCUGCGGUGCAUGGAGGACUGGCGCUUCUGGCCUCCUACGAGAGGACCUUGAGUAGGUCCUUUUACUCCGAACUCCUGAACGUGGACUUCGCCAACGAAGCUGAUGCGGCUGUUGCAUUCAUCAACGGGUGGGUACGGCAGAGGACACAGGAUAAGAUCGACGGUAUCAUCGAUGGCAAGCUGGACCCGAAUACGAGACUGAUGUUGCUGAAUGCAAUCUAUUUUAAGGGCGCCUGGAACAGGCAGUUCAACGCGAGUCUUACUGCAAAGGGGCCGUUCUUCAACGGCGGUACCGCACCCGUGCAAGUGGAUGUCAUGACGGGAACCUUCAAUAUCCCUUAUGGGUACUUCGAAGACCUGCAAGUGGACAUGGCGGAGCUUCCGUACCGGGGACUUGAUUUCAGUAUGAGCAUCCUGCUGCCCAGACAUAGCAAUGCCCUUGAAGCACUGAAGAGGAACCUUACUGCGGAACUCUUUCAAAGCAUGGUUUCUCGACUCAGGGAACGGAAGGUCAACGUUGCACUCCCAAAGUUCAAACUUGAUACCAAGUACUUGUUGAAGGAAGCCCUGCAAACCUUGGGAAUCCGAAAGAUCUUCACGAGUGGCUCUGACUGGUCGGGCAUAACCACCGAUAACCUGUCGGCGGUGUCGACCGUGAUUCACAAGGCGGCCGUGGAAGUCAACGAAGAGGGCAGCGUAGCAGCGGCGACCACCGGCAUCGGAAUAGUCGCCAUAAGUUUGCCGCCUCCGCCGGUCGAAUUCAGGGUUAACCACCCGUUCUUGUUCUUCAUCCGUAACACAAAUACAAAUGACAUUCUGUUCGUGGGACAUAUCAACGCACUCUAG